AUCCCUUAUCAUGUGACAACAAAUCAACAUUCUCCGAUCGUCAAGAUGGUGGAUCGUAAAGCACUACCUCUCGUCAUUAUGACCGGGUUCUGGGGAGUCGUGGGCAUUAUCCUCCCCAUCAUUGUGCACUUUCUAAUGAGAGGAUCACCUAACAAAGGGAUUGUACAACUAAUGCUGAUGAUGACUGCGGCCUGCUGCUAUCUCUUCUGGCUGUGUGCAUUCCUGUUCCAACUGAAUCCAUUGAUCGGUCCACAGCUGGACUCGAGUCUGAUCGCAUUUAUCCAGGCCGAAUGGGAGAAUACUCCAGUCAAACCGUGAGCAGAGCCAUGACAGACGUAGCAUAGAGUUGGUAUUCUAGACAUUUGUACAUAAAUUAUAUACAACAGAACAAUGAAGGACUCUAGUCACAUUCCAUAUAGUGCUGACCGAGUGUAAUAUCUCGGCAUGAGAUCAAAACUCUAACAUUAAGUGUUUCUUAAAAUUGUCAAAGGUCUCUGUAAUCAAUUCAUUUCUUUGCUUCUAUUUGAUCACAUAGACUGUGCCGAGUUACUUAUUGAGCAAGAAAUUUUAUAAACAACUUUCAUAUUGUAAAAAGUGCUACCUUAAUAAUUUUCCAUAGUAAAAUCAAUGGGAAAAUCAAUUGAUGACAAAUAUAAAUUUUAUGAAUUUUCAUCAUGUUCAUGGCACAUUUUGUUUUUGCUUUGUAUACUUGUACCGAUUGACUUGUGUGUGUAAAUUUAGAUCCACAAAAAUUGUUUCUUAACAAAAUGGGUAAUUUUUCUGGAUAACUGUUUUCAGUAUCUCCUCUAUUGUGAUUAGUAUGACAAUUUUCAUUGUGUAGUUCAUUUUCUCUUGGACUACUAGCAUGUGAAACACAUCAUGAACUGUGCAUAAAAUUAUUCCUUCUUCAGAUAGUAAGCAUAAAAUUCUUUUGGAUGCCUUUAUCAGCUUCUGUGAGACCAUCAAUGAAUUACUGUAGUUAUAUUGUCAGUUGUUAAUUACGUGUGUUUUCACUGUGUUUGACAA